AUGCCUCUAGUUCUCGACUUCCUUACUCAAAUCCGUGGUUUCAUCCGCUCUCAGAAUGGCGACGAGCUCCGCGCCUGGCUCCAGGUAGAGCCCAACUCACCACAACAAUACCACAACCUCGCCGCUGAGCUGCGCUCUCAAUUCCGCCAGCAGGGCCUCGACAACAUCAUCGAAAAGUCACUACCCCAAGAUGAUGACGUCCCCGAGGGUCAAGCGACCGUCUGGCCGGGCUUUAUCGCCUUCAUGAAAGAUUACAUGGCUUUCUGGCGCGACGUGAACUAUGAGGAUUUGCUUGGCGCGCAUCAGUUGCUGAGUGGCCUUGUCAACUCAUGCUCAACUGCUUUUGCUCAUCCUACAUAUGGAGCCAUGCUUCUCAAGACAAGCAUGUCUUUGUCAGAGACUCUUGCUCGUCUCACCAUGUCUCUCAGCAGACAGCCUGAGCUGGCGCGUCGACUACGUGCAGUCGACGAAGACAAGACCAUCGCAGAAUCAUCAGCAGAAAUCAUCCAAAAGAUUUUCACCACUUGUCUGACAGACCGGUCCAGCGGUCGCUAUGAUCGACCCGAAGGCAAGAAAAUCGGCGUCUAUAUGUUUGCCAACCUUGUACUCAAGCUCCUGUUCGCAUGCCGGAGAACACAUCUCGCAAAGAUGAUAUUUGUCAACAUUAACACCAUCUCUCCGCCAUUGUCACUUUACCCAGCUGCUCAGCGCGUCACAUUUCUGUAUUAUCUAGGCCGCUUCAACUUCUCCAACAACCACUACCUGCGCGCCGCGCUGUGUCUUGAACAGGCAUAUCUCCAAACUCCCUCACAAUUGGUUUCCCACCGAACCAAUAUCCUCACAUACUUGAUCCCCUGCAACAUUCUGCUGGGUCGUUUCCCAUCCCAGUUGCUGCUCCAACGUCAGGAAUGCAAGGAUUUGGGACCUGUCUUCUUCCCCAUCUGCCAGGCUAUCAGAUCCGGCAAUUUUAUCCAGUUCCAGCAUCAUCUAGCACAACAUGAGACCUGGCUCUUCGAAAAGGGCCUUCUCUUGACACUCAGUAGCCGCCUUCGACCAAUGCUUUGGCGGUCAUUAAGUAGAAAAACGUUCCUACUUACGUAUAUUCCUCCCACCGACGCAUCAUCUCGCAAGGCCGCAACGCUGGAUCUCGUAGACCUGCACACAGCCUCCACCUACCUUCAACGUCGCCUCGAAGGGUGGGUACCGGCAGGUCCCAACGGCCACAAUCGAUCUCAGAAUGUCAACCCCCUUCUGGUGAAAGCCCUUGGGAACAAUGCGCAGAACCCUGAAGGCGACUCUACGCUAGCUCCACCACCUGGCGGCCCCAAAUCCCUCCGACCCAACGAGGGUAUGGUAUGGGGCAACGCCGAGGUCACAUCCGAAGACGUGGAGAUGACGGUUGCGACGCUCGUGCAGCAGGGCUUGAUGCACGGGUUCAUUGCUCACGGAUCAGGACGGUUCGCUAUCAUCGGCGCCAAGGCCAAGGGCAGCCCUGUGCUCGCUGGCUGGCCCAAUGUGUGGCAAACAGUUCGCGACAGGAGAUAUGAUGAGGAUUUCGAUCCUGAUGAGGUGCCUGGAUGGGUCAAGUAG